AUGAUCGGGUGGAUCCGUCCUGAAAAGUCUGCUCUACACUGUCUUUGCGUGGACCUCAGCGCACGAAAAGCUGCGCAGCACUUCGACCGAGCACCAGCAGCCGCUGAUGAAGCGGUAAAAUCAGCAAUGCCAGAUGAGGAGCAGCAAAAAAAUUUACAGCAGCAGCAGCAAAAUAUAGUGUCAAUUCCCAAGUACACACCAAAUGCGCCACCGCCGCAGGAAAGGACAGUAGUAAAAAGCAAGGAUGUUUUUUGCUGA